AUGGAAGAAGAAAGAGGCUGUUACAACAACAAGAAGAGUUUGUUUUUAUUAGGGAAGAAGAAAGAAGACGUUUAUCAUGUAUUUUUCAAGGUUCCUUAUGGUGAUAGUCCUUAUGUCAGAGCCAAACAUGCUCAGCUGGUAGAAAAGGACCCGGAAGGUGCAAUUGUAUUAUUUUGGAAAGCAAUAAAUGCAAGGGAUAAAGUGGAUAGUGCUUUAAAGGAUAUGGCUGUGGUGAUGAAGCAAUUAGAUAGAUCCCAAGAAGCCAUUGAAGCUAUCUCUUCCUUUAGAGGCCUUUGCUCCAAACAGUCCCAAGAGUCUCUUGAUAAUGUACUCAUUGAUCUUUACAAGAAAAGUGGGAAAAUAGAUGAACAAAUAGAUUUGCUAAAGAGGAAGCUGAAAUUGAUCUACCAAGGGGAAGCCUUCAAUGGGAAACUCACGAAAACUGCCCGAUCUCAUGGCAAGAAGUUUCAAGUUUCUAUUAAACAAGAAACUUCAAGAUUGUUGGGAAACUUGGGCUGGGCCUACAUGCAAAAGAUGAACUACGUGAUGGCGGAGGUGGUGUACCGAAAAGCCCAAAUGAUCGAUCCGGAUUGUAACAAGGCAUGUAACUUGGGCCUAUGUCUCAUUAGACAAGCUAGGUACGAAGAGGCCCAAGUGAUUAUCGAUGAUAUACUAAAAGGAGAAAUUCCAGGCUCAGAUGAUAUCAAGUCUAGGAAAAGGGCUGAAGAUCUUGUAAUAGAGUUGAAAUCAUUGAUACCUCCAUCACAUACAUUGGAUCUUUUGGUUCUUGAUGAUGAGUUUAUCAAAGGCAUAGAACAGUUGAUGAAUGAAUGGGGUCCACUUAGAUCAAAGAGACUUCCAAUUUUUGAAGAGAUUUCUUCUUGUAGAGAUCAGUUAGCUUGUUAA